AUGGCUGAGAUUGUUGAGCGUAUGAAAAAGAAAACCGUGGUGAAACCAAUUGUUUAUGGAAAUACUGCUUCUCCUUUUGGCUAUAAAAGAGAAUCUGAUAACCACACGCAUCAGUGGACUGUAUUUUUAAGGCCUUAUUUAGCGGAAGAUCCCACAAAAUGGAUCCGAAAAGUGCAGUUUAAACUUCAUGAAAGUUAUGCAAAUCCAUAUCGAAUUAUUGAAAAGCCGCCUUACGAAGUUACAGAAACCGGAUGGGGAGAAUUCGAAGUUCAAAUUCGGAUAUAUUUCAUUGAUCCUAAUGAAAAGCCGAUCACAGCAUUUCAUUAUCUCCGACUGUUUCAGCCAUUGAUUAAACUUCCUUCUGGAAAUGAAAUCGUAAGCCUCGAAUUUUACGACGAAAUUAUCUUCCAAGAGCCUACAGUCCAAAUUUAUAAAGGAUUGCAGUGUGGCGAAGGGAAACGACCAGACAAGCAAAAUUUUCUCACAGACAUAGAGCAAAUUAAAAAGCGAACAAUUGAUUUGGGAAUGGUUGCUAAGAAUGAAAUCACUGCGGAAAUUGAAGAUCUUCGUGAAGCUUUAAAAUCUGCGCAUAAACUUAUUGUAAAAUAUUCAACGGAAUUGAAUGAGAUGGAACAAAACGAGCAACAAGAAUCUGGUCAGCAGACGCCAUGUUGA